GGCAGAGGCCGGGCGGGGCGGGCCCGGCUGGCGAGCGGGCGGGGAGGGGCCGCCCGCCAUGGCCAUGGCCUUGGCCUUGGCCGAGGCUCCCUGGUAGGGGGAGGGGAAGGCUCGGGGCUGGUGCCGCAGCCCGGUGACAGAUGGCCGAAGGAAGCUGCCCAGACCGCCACCUUGCUGGCCCCGGGUCCCAGCCGAGGGAUCCUGGCGACAGCCUGGACACCCAGCCCUGUGGCUGGAGGGGGGCCCCCUUCGGAGCCACGGAUGGCAAUGCAGGUCCGAAUCUGAAGGAGUGGCUGCGCGAGCAGUUCUGUGACCACCCCAUUGAGCACUGUGAGGACACCCGACUGCACGACGCGGCCUACGUGGGCGACCUACAGACCAUCCGCAGCCUACUGCAGGAGGAGAGCUUCCAGAGCCGGAUCAAUGAGAAAUCAGUCUGGUGCUGUGGCUGGCUUCCCUGUACCCCUCUGCGCAUCGCAGCCACUGCAGGCCACGGAAACUGUGUGGAUUUCCUGAUUCAGAAGGGGGCUGAGAUUGACCUUGUGGACGUGAAGGGACAGACUGCCUUGUACGUGGCGGUGGUGAAUGGGCAUCUGGAGUGCGCCCAGAUCCUCUUGGAAGCUGGAGCCGACCCCAAUGGCAGCCGGCAUCACCGCAGCACCCCUGUGUACCAUGCUUCCCGCGUGGGGAGGGCUGACAUUCUGAAGGAGCUGAUCAGGUAUGGGGCAGACGUGGAUGUCAACCACUACCUGGCUCCGGGGAUGCCGCCCCCUUCUUCCCGACGCCUCACGUCCCUGGUGGUCUGCCCCCUGUACAUCAGCGCGGCCUACCACAACCUCCAGUGCUUCAAGCUACUUCUUCAGGCCGGAGCCAACCCCGACUUCAACUGCCACGGCCCUGUCAACGUCCAGGGCUUCUGCAGGGGCUCCCCUGUCUGCGUCAUGGAUGCCGUUCUGCGUCAUGGCUGUGAGGCCGCAUUCGUCAGCCUGCUGGUCGACUUCGGUGCCGACCUGAGUCUGGUGAAGUGGGAGGCCUUGAAUACUGAGUCAAGAGGCAGAGUGAAAGUGAACCCAGAAGCUUUGCAGGUUUUCAAGGAAGCCAGGAGUGCCCCCAGGACCUUGCUAUGUUUGUGCCGGGUGUCCGUGAGGAGGGCUCUCGGCAAGUGUCGUUUGUAUCUUAUACCCUCUCUGCCCCUCCCUGAUGCCAUCAAACAGUUUUUACUUUAUGAGCAGAGUUAAGAUCCAGGAUACGAUCAUGGGGAUGCUUCUCAAGGAGAAAAGCAGGUGAUCUAAAGAACCAAACGGUGUCUAUUCAUUACUCUCCAUCUCACACCCUGAACUGUUAAGAAAUGUCCCAAGUAGCUGUUGGUACAGAAACUGCCUUGGUAUUGCUGAAGCUGCCCCACUCCGGUGCUUCUGUUGGUGUGGGCUGUGUUUUGUAAAGGAUCUCUCCAUGGACUUUGGUCUAGCCUUGGCUUAUUUUCAGUGGUGGGGCUAUUGCAAUGUAGUGUAUCCUUUUCCCUUGAUACCCAUAUGUGGGAUUUUCAUAGCUACAGGUAAUCAAAAUUGGGGAUGGAAUGGUUAUCAAGGGUAUAGGUCAGGUUCCAGAGUUCAGCUAAUGUCUCGAUAAGGACAGCACGAUUAGCAGCCUCAUGACCUAUAUACUUCUGUGUAUAUAUAUUUAUAUUUCCACAGUGAAAUAUUUACUUCAACAUCUGAUGGAUGCAAAUAAUUAAUUUGGGGAAAAUAUAUUUAACCAAAGGUGAUGUUAGUCAACAAGAAUUUAUUAAAUAUCUACUACAAGUCAGGCACUGUGUUAAGUGUUGGGAAUACCAAGAAAGGGAAAAACAUUGUCUUUGCCCUCUAGGCAUUCACCUUCUAAUGAAGGAGAUAACAGGGACAGAUAUAGGCAGAAUAGGUCAAAGGUUGCUUUAGAGGGGAGGAAUCAAUAGGGCCUAUUGAUGUUCAUUGUCCUUUCUUGAGAGAUUGGUUGACAUUUGGUAUUUAGAGGUGGGAUAUAUCACAAAAUCACAGAAUUUGAGAGUUGUCAGGAACCUCAGUGGUCAUCUGGUGGGUCAUCCAACCCCUAUCUGAAAGGAAUCCCUACUAUUACAUACUCAACCAAUAUGCGUAUUUGUCUGCUCACAUAGUCAUCUGUACACACACAAUUGGAUUGCUUAUCAUGGCUGCCAAAGAUGCCAAGGUGACCAUGGCCCAGAUUAAGGGAGACCAAGGUCCAGAAUAAGAAUGAUGACAUUUCCCUUUAGCUCAGGCCCGCUCAGAUCCAAUAGGGAAGACUGGGUUCAGUUCUUGGGGAAAUAUUUUAGGAACAAGAUUGACAGAGUGGGGUGUAUUCAAAGGAAGGCCACCAAGAUGGAGAGGGCAUAUACCAUUUGUCGACUAUUUUAAGGAAUUGAGGAUGUACAGCCUGGAAAAGAGAGCCCUUAGGGAGGACAUGGGAACUGUCUUCAAGUAUUGGAACAGUCUCCACAUGGAAGAAAAAAUGGACCCGUUCUAUUUGUCCAAACCAGGCAUGAUGGGUGGUAGUUGAAGAGGCAAAGUUACCCUCAAUUUAAGGGAAACUUUCCUGAUUGGAAGGGACUGUAUGGAAGGUAGAGGACUUCAUCUCACUAGAGGUCUUCAUGUAGAUCCGAAUGGUCACUUUGGGGUCAUGUUGUAAAUGGAUUUUCAGACAUGGGUUGGAUUAAACAUCCUCUCUAGCUCCUUCCAA